CUUCACAUUGGCUUCUGCAUUUUUGCUGCGGUUGCUCCUCCUAUAGUUUUCAAAGGAAAAUCUCUCACCGGUAUACUGCCUGCAGUAGAUCUAAUCAGCGGCAAAGCAUUAGUUGGGAUCUUCUACUUCAUUGGAUUCGGCAUGUUCUGUCUCGAGUCAGUGCUCAGCGUCUGGGUUAUUCAGCAAGUAUACAUGUACUUCCGAGGCAGUGGCAAAGCUGCAGAGAUGAAGCGCGAGGCUGCAAGAGGAGCCUUGAGAGCGGCAAUAUGA